CAUCUAUCGUUGACGUGCAUUGACGGCUGGUUACGUCUGUUACGUCACAGAGGUCUAUAACAACGGCAGUCUAUAUCAAGUAUGUAGUUCGAUGAAAAGGAAGAUAUUUUACACUUCUUAGAAUUAUAUUUAUCAAUGUGAAUAAAACAGAAGCAUAUAGCCAUAGAAUUGUACUAACAUGGCUAGCGGUGGAGCAGACGAGCAAAUGAACCCGGAUGUAAUUACUGAUGCUUUGUCCGAUAUUAAAUGUCAACUUCAGCAACUUUCAAACGACAGUUCUAAAAUACACAAAGAUGAACAAGGCGAACACGGACGUGCUCAUCGCAUCCAAUCAAAUGUAGAGAAACUUCAUACAGAAAUGCAGUCACUGUCAGAAAACUUCGCUGGUUUAAUCGAGAAGGCCGACAGCGUCCGUCAGGAACGCAUGAGUGCUGAUGACGAAUAUAUGGGGCUUCUUCAGGAGAAGAUUCAAAUGCUUGAAGAAGAAAAAUUCGUCAGGACACAGUUACAAGUUCAAGAUGUUGGAAGAAAGCUUCAAGAGGAAGGUAAAAAUUUACAGGAGAAUGAAGCCGAGAAUGAAAGGAUGCUACUAGAUUUUGCCAAAGAAGAUCUUAUAAAGAAGAAAGAAGAUUUGAGUGCAAUGGAAAGGAGAUUGGAAGAAAAAAGAAUCGAAUAUGACAAAGAAUGGGAAGGGUUCAAGGAUGAUGUGCAAAGAGCAAAGGAAGAGAAAAGACCGUACAUGCGAAAUAUUCAGGAAUUCGACAACUUGGUUAUGGCAAGGUUUAAAGGAAUUCUUAGAUUUUCACCUCAAGCUCUGAGUGAAAAAGAGCGUGCUAGUGCCGAAUUAACCAUACAAAACCUUGAAAUCAAGAAAGAACUAGAAGAGGAAAGGGAGAAACUUCUGCAAUUAGAACUGAUAUCACGUGACUAUGAACAGUCCACAAAUAACAGGCUAUUAGAAAGACGAUCGCUAUGGAAACAAUUUGAUAGCUUUCAGGAAGAGAAAUUCAAGUUGCAGGGACCAGAUGACGCAGGAUUUGUAUUACAUAGAACAACAAGAUUGGAAAAUUUGCUUGCUGAACCAAAAGCUCUGACAGAUUCCCUAGUGUUUGACUGUGGAGACAACGAAGGCAAGGGGUUACACAGGUGCCAUAAAAACACUGAUGUUUCUAUUCCAUUUUCUGAAGCAGAGAGAAACGAGCUUCAGUCUUUAUUGUAUGAUGGAGAAGAAACUAGUGAAAGAGAAGAACAGGAUGUUGAUGUUACACCACGUGAUAUUCAACAGCAAAUGAGAUUAGACCAAGAUAUAUCCAAUCAAAUGGAACCAUCUACAGAUUUAGGUGCUGGUGCUGGUCCAUCGGAUGAACCUGAAGCGCAUGAUCCAGAAGAAGAUAAUGGACCUACAGACGACAACAAAAAGCCCGGAUUUCAGCUGAAAGACGUCGCUAAGAACUUACUGAAACAGGCAGAAGGAAAUAUAGACAAUUCUGAUUCUUUGAUGUCAAAAAUUCAGAGUCGUUUGAGUGGUCUUGGUGGUAUAGCGCGACAAACAGUCGAUCCUACAAGCACUGGCUCCGGUACCGGUGCUGGUUCAGGCUUUACAUUCUCUAUUCAACGACUGAAGAGCGAUUCAAGAUAUAAAGUUGAUCCAGCAUUUAAGCGUCAAAAAAGACAUUAAGGAGUUUGCAGCGCACCCUUAUAAAACAAUAAAAUUUUCCAAAGCAAAUGAUA